AGUUUGUGUGAGUGAGAGAGAGAGAGAGAGAGAGAGAGAGAGAGAGAGAGAGAGUGGAUGUGUCGCAGAUUUUAAAACUCCGUGAAAGCAGAGGGGAGCUCGCGCGCUCCACCGAAAAUGCUAGAAAACGCAGAAGUGUCCGGAUAAACGGUUAGAAACGGGACGGAUCGCGCUUCUAAACGCAGGGCAAAGAAAGUGAAACCCGACGCGCUAGAAAUUAAAGCAAAUAAAGAAAUAAAUUAAUGAAUUAAAGUCCGUUUGAAGGCUGCGCUGUGAAAUGGAGCUGUCAUCCAUCGGAGAGCAAGUGUUCGCUGUAGAGUCCAUCACCAAGAAGAGAGUUAGAAAGGGAAAUGUGGAGUAUCUACUGAAGUGGCAAGGAUGGCCUCCUAAGUACAGCACAUGGGAACCAGAAGAUAACAUCCUGGACCCUCGGCUUGUACUUGCCUUUGAGGAGAAGGAGGAGCGGGACAGAGCACAGGCUCACAGAAGGAAAGGCCUGAGGCCCCGCAGACUCGUCUUACGGAACAUCUACACUAUGGAGCUCCGAAGUGCCCAGAAAACGUUGGAGAAAGCCGCUCCCCGGUUCCGCCUGUCACUCACUCGCUCCACUGGGGUGGGGCUACAGCAGAAUGGGCGGCGCUGCAGGAACGGUGAGGGCGGGGUCUAUCACCGCCUUUUGAAACGCAGAAGCAGGCAGUGUGUGUCCAAACCGACGGAAAGUGCAGAAUCUCCACGGCAACGAACACUGACCCUUGAGAAAGAAGCAGUGGAGGAGGAGGAUGAGGAGAAUGAGUGGGAGAAAGAGGAGGAGCAGCAGGAGAAGAAGAAAAAGAAGGUGGAAAAAGGGGAGCAUCAUGGCAUUCCUAAUGUCGAGGAGAUGCCAGAAGACGAUGCCCCCUGUAUACAGGAAGCUGUCCUCACAGAAGGGAAACCAGAACACUAUGCGUCCUCCUCAGACUGUGAGGUGGCCCCACCCAGCACUGAGAUCAGUUCAGCUACUACAGCAACGGAGCGACCAGCGAGCACUACUACCACAAACACACACGAGCACGAGCCAAUCACAGACGAUUUAGGGGGCGGAGUCUCCCAAAAUACACCUAUCACUGACAAAUCACUGAAAAGCAGCUCAGGAGCAGGUGUGAUCACAGACAGGGUCCAAAAUCGAGCCUCGGUGAUCACGGUGAGACAUCUGAUUGACAGGUUUGUGCAGGAUGAGCAGAGACAGACAGGUGAGACAGACAGCAAGGCCAAGAGAGAGACAGACAAGGAAGAGGUCACGGCUGAGUGCACCGCCACCUUACAGGUCAGAACUAAUGAGUCUCAGUCGUCUGAGUGCACACCGCAUCCUGGGAAGGUGAUCGUGACUAACGUGACGGUUAACUCUCUAACGGUGACAUUUAAAGAGGCAAUGACGCCCGAAGGGUUUUUCAGCAGCUCCGGGCUGCAGGUCUGAGCGACGAGGAGGAAAGAGGACAAACAAUCAAAAGUACUUCCUGUCAAAUUGCUAAUGUGGCUAAUGAACCAAGCGAGAUAGUGGAGUUAGCAAAUGAAUCUGUGUAACUCAGGCUAGCUUUAUUUUGUUAGAAAUAUUAGCAUUUGAGGUGAAGUACGCCUUAUUCAUGCGAGAGCGUGGGAUUACAGGACCAGCCAACGUGUCGAUCUGUCCAUGUAGUGAAGCCUUCCGCCGUUUUUGCUUUACAGAUACUCGUCUGUUGUUAAAAAGGGUCACAUUUCUGUCUCCAUCCUUUCGUUUUAGUGAAAACGUGAACAAUUGUAGAAGGAUUUCCGUGUUCCUGACAGCGAAGCCUUUAAUGCACGCAAAAAACAGUGUUGUUCUCACUCAACGCUUUGUUGGUGUUAACUGUUACCUGUCAAAAAAAAGGAAAAAAAUAAGAGAUGAUGUAUAUGAUUUAUUGCUGCGUCUUUCUUAAGGGAUGGCAAUGACCAGAUGACAUCAUCAGCCCUUAGUCUCUGCAGCCUGUCCCGUCUGCGACAAAUGAAGUUUUAGUGGGCUCGGGUUUUGCUGCCUUGUGCUCUGAGGCCUUGCUGCAUUUUUAACGAGUCCGAAUCGGUUCACAUUACAAAUGCCACUGCACAGAGUGUACUGACGUGUCAUUCACACAGCGUUGGAAUACAGUGUGCUUUAGAAGUAUCUCUAGCAUGCGACAAAGUCUAGCUGAACUUUACAUCACGUGGUGAAACCACAGAAAAAAACAAAAACAAACAAACAAAAAAUGCCGUUGUGUGACUUGUAGAUCAUCUAUGGCAAGAUUACAUUUUUAUUUGUAUUUCCAAAUAAAUAAAGUGACAAAAAUGUUUGUGUCCAA